AUGAGUACUACUACCAAAAGCAAGAACCUAGUCAAGGUGUCCGUAUCUGAUUUCCCAACUUUCGAUGGCAACCAGAAAAACUGGAAACCAUUCAAGAGAGAAGUCACUUCAACAAUGGGACUCCUACAGUUGACUAGCUUACUCAGUGUAACAAAACUCACUGAUAUACCCGGCUACACAGCCAAGACAAUAUCGGAUCCACUUUACAAGACCCGCAAUCAAGAAUUCUACUCGAUCCUAUCCAAGAAACUAGCCAAGGGAAAUGCAGCCUCAAAGGUAGAUGCACACCUGGCAACCAUGGAUGGUGCUCUUGUGUGGAAAGAUAUGUGUGACUAUUAUGACUUUGGGGGAGAUAAGGAAAGUCGUAUCACAUCACUGAUUGGAGACCUAACCAAACAUUUUCUGCAUCCAGAAAGUCAUGGAGGUUUUGAUUCCUACCAUAACCUAUUUGUUGAAAAAUGCCUGGAGCUCGACAAUGCUGGCAUUAAAGUCCCUCCUGCAAUUCAAAAGACCUUGUUCCUGGAAGGCAUCAAAGACAGGGCUUAUGAAGCUGUCAAGGAUAGCUGUACCAGCAUUGACUAUGACACUGCAGUGGACAAGCUUCGAACCAAAGCCAUAGCCUUGGGUAAGGCCAAUUCCAGGAGCACCACCAGGAAAUCCAACAAUCGAAGGAAUAACAAUCACAAUACCAACAGUAACAGCCAGAAUUCCAACCAAAGCAAUUUCAAAGGGGAUACCAGUGGUACAAAUCCCAGUGGAUUCUCAGAGCAAGUCUGGAAUGAUAUGUCACCAGCUAACAGGAAGUGGAUCAUGGAAAUGAAGAAGGAAAAAGGAAGGAUUGACUAUGGCCAACAGUAUUCUACAGCUGAUCGCCAAUCAAACAACAUGAAUACAUCAGACCAAUCAGACCAUGACCAUCAAGAACAACAAGAAGAUUCAAAGUCAGUCUCAUUUGCGGAUCAAUAA